AAUAUUUGUCAUGUAAUACAAUCUUCGAUUAUUUUUAUAAGAGACACAUGACUCAGCAAAAGUUAUCGAAUAAAUACAUCAACUUCAAUCGAUCUAUAUGUCUCUUAUAAAAAGAGGGAGAUUGAUGAUUGAAUAGAUAAGGUAUUGAAGUAAAUAUAAGAGAAAAGGAGGGACAAUUGUGAAGGAGAUGAAAGAAGAUACAUACAUAGAUACAGUUUGGAACAGCACCGUGUCUGGCUUUUUCCGAUAAGCUCGUUCAUUGUUCCAAUGGCGAGUUGAAACAAAACCAACUUCAUUCAUCUCUUCACCACCCUUUCUCUACCUAUCACAAAUCACACAAUUCUCAUAUACCAUCUUUUUUUCUUCAUCACUUUCUUUGUAUUUCUCAACCACUAAACUACCAACCCUAGAACAUUCUUCUCUUGUGUUGUGCACCUCACUCUCUUUCUCUCUCACCAUAGUUUACAACAUGUUCACACAAACAAAAACAAAACAAAAAACAACUGAAGAGGUUAGCUUUUGAAAGAGUUUUCUGCUGCAAAACUGCAAAAAGCUAAACAAGGCCCUCCUGACUUGGACUGUGAUAUAUCAGAGAGUAAAAUAAGGUCUUUUUAUCACUACAUAGCCAAAACAGUUUCUGAAUUUUCAUCAUCAAUGCAAAGGACAUAUAGCUAAGCUAACCCCACACAAAGACACACUCUCUCUCUUUACCUUUGCAGAAAAAUCAGAGAUAAAUAAUAAAGAGAAAAAAAAAUUAGGCCAAGUUGGUUUGUUUUUGCUAAGGCAUGAUUGUGAUAUGGAGGAGGAUGAGAUUCAAGCACAACAUAAAUUCCCUAGAGUUGGUAAUGAAGAUGAUAAUAAUGGAAGAAGAGGAGAUGUUAACAGGUUCAAUAGUUGGCAUCAUUCUUCAAGAAUCAUAAGGGUUUCAAGAGCUUCUGGUGGAAAAGAUAGGCAUAGUAAGGUUAUGACUUCAAAGGGUUUAAGAGAUAGAAGAGUUAGGCUUUCUGUUACAACAGCUAUUCAAUUCUAUGAUCUUCAAGAUAGACUUGGUUAUGAUCAACCAAGUAAAGCUGUUGAAUGGUUGAUUAAAUCUGCUUCUGAUGCUAUUUCUGAAUUACCUUCACUUAACAACUCAUUAUUCACUGAUAUUAAUAAUAAUAAUAAUCAACUAAGUGAACAAGGUGUUGAUUCAGUUCAUGAUGCUGAAAUGGUUGUUGAGAAUGGUGAAAAUAAUUAUCAUGGUCAGAAUCUUUCUUUGUCUAAAUCUGGUUGUAGUAGCACUUCUGAAACAAGUAAAGGUUCUGGUUUAUCACUUUCAAGAUCUGAUGUUCGUGUGAGCCGUGUCAAGGCUAGAGAAAGAGCUAGGGAAAGAACAGCUAAAGACAAAGAAAAAGAGAAUCAUCAUGACAAUGUUAACCCUCAUCAGCAUCAUCAACAUCAACAUCAUAAUGUGCACUCUUCAAUUUCUCAAACAGCUUCAUUCACUGAACUUCUUACUGGUGGAAUCAACAAUGCAGUUCCUACUACAAAUAGUCCAAGAGGGUCAGUUGAUGAACCUAGUUUCUUCAACAAAGCAAGACAGCAGCAGCAACAACAGCAGCAACAGCAGCAGCAAUGGAGUUCUUCAGCACCAAUGGAUCAUUACUUUAGUCCAAUGUUUCUAGGAUCUUCAUCAUCGAGAACACAUCAUCAUCAUCAUCAAUUAGGACAUUCACUUCAUGAUCAUCAAUCAAUGACAAUGUCGUCGCCAUUCAAUAGUGGUGAAAACCAUUCAGCAGAUCAGAAUCAGAAUCAGCAUCAGAAUCAUUUGCAGCAUCAAUUUGCAUUUUUACCUGAUCAUAUGAUGCAAAAUGUGGUUACUUCUUCUUCUACUCAACCAAGCGGGGGGGACAAUGAUUAUAAUCUAAACUUCACGAUAUCUUCGGGCCUUGCUGGUUACAAUAGGGGGACCCUUCAGUCCAAUUCACCGUCUCUUUUGUCUCAUCUUCAAAGGUUUUCAGUUUCAUCUUUAGAUGGAUCCAACAAUCUACCAUUUUUCAUGGGAGGAGGAGGAGGAGCUGCUUCUGCUUCUCCUGCUUCAGCUUCACCUGCUCCUACUGCAAUGGAGAGUAAUCAUAAUCACAAUCAUCACCACCAGAUUCAACACCAUCAGUUUUCAUCUGUAUUUGAUGGUAGCAGCUUGCAGCUCUAUUCAGAUCAGAAAGGGAAAUCCAAAAACUGAGGACUUUCACUUUUCCUCCAUUUUCUUCUUGCAGGGUAGGGACUUCAACAAAAUGGAGUACUAGCUGCAAGAUGUGUACCAAUUAAAGCUUUGCAUUAACCAAAACAGUUGAUAUUGCUAGCUGUUGGCAUCAAGUGUUGUAUUUUUCUUCUUGUGGGAUCAUUUUUAAGUCAUUCAAUUUGAUUCAGUAUUUUUAGAUAUAAUGAAAUUAUAUUCAUGUAUGUGUGCAAAGAUCAUUGUGUUUUGGAGAAAUGUAAAAGCUACUUUGACAUCUAA